CGCAGUAUUGGUGAGAAAUCACCUUUCUUUACCCCGUCAGCUCAGAGGCGAAACCACCCUGCGAUUCUCAUAAUACUCUGUCUUAACCCGUUCAAUAUUGAUUACCAACUAGUGAGGUAGUCGUCAGAAUAGUAGUACAGACCAAAUCACAUUCGCCUUCACACACGCACACACACAAGAUCUUGAUCUUGGUCCGCAACAAUUCACCAUGUCUAGCGACGAGGCCACGGAAGCGCUGCUGCUCUGCUACUUGGACGGGAACAAAAUCAUCUUCAGAUAUCUCCGUCGCAACGCAGGAGCGGACAACAGCUCGAGCUUCUCGACCAUCAGCAAGCCGUAUCCGCUCAACUUGAGCAAUGCGCUAUACACCUUAACCCCGGGCUACCGGCCUUCGUGGCCCAUGCCGGUCAACUACAACGAAAACAUAGAGAUAAAGUCCACAGGCGCUCUGACCUGGCAGGACGGUCUCGCCCAGCUGCAGAUGGUCGUCGUCGUCAGCCACGGCCAGUAGAGCAACGAUUCCAUGAACCCGCGAUACAAGGCCUUUGUGCUGGAGCUCACCCCGAGUCUAGACAUCUGCUCCGUUGCGUGCCUG